AUGGGGCGGUCAAUUAAGCUACCGCUCAUGAUCUUUGCGUGGGUCAUGGGAAGACUUGGAUACAUUGGUAUGCAACAACCGUAUCAUUUCUGGAGGCAGACAGAUGGGUUCUCAGUGAUGCGAAUCCGGAGCUCAGACCACUUAUUGCCAUCGGAACACGAUAUGGAAACAAGAGUCAAGCGAUUGUUUUCAGUACAGGAUUUCGAGAUAGUAUGGCCUCCGGGGUGGUUGCCAUAUUCUCAGGCCUGUCCUGUCUGCUAUGAGACUCUCUGGGACAAUGGGUUCAGUACCUGCUUUUCGCCUAAGGGUCGAUGCUUUCUCUAUAGAACAGCAUCGAUCCGACUAAAAGAAACUAUCUACGUAUGGGACCUGAACAGUGAGGAUGGACUGCUGGCAUCAAGCAUGUUCUUCUCCGCCAAAAGGUCCGACAAACGAAUGGGGCUAAAGCGGAGUAACAUCCUUAAUUUCUGGCAACCUGUUGCGAUCUACGGGGCUAUCAAGAUCCUCACCAUUGACAAUCCAUAUCAUCUAUAUGCGGCAGGAAAGAACACAAACCAGUUCAGUCGGUAA